AUAAUAUUUUUGCGUGUUAGUACUGGUGCGAGGUAAUUGCAAGAUUCAUUAAUGUGGAUUAUUUUUUGCGUUUCUUUGUGUUUUUAUAGUUUCUUGAAUUCCAAUUCUUUCUGUCGAGGAAGUUUCAGGGAAAUGAGAGGCUGGAAAGUUUUGUAUUAUUGGUUAUAACUUAUAAGCUUUGCUUAAUUUAGCGUAUACUAUAGUAAAACAAUUUGUCUUGUGUUGCAUUUUGAUUUUUAAUUUUAAGUGGAUGAAAUUGCUUUUGGAAGUGUUUACAGGUAAGGGAUUUUGGCCCAAUACCUUAGAUACUGUAGUUAAAAAGAAAAAAAACUCAGUUCAUGUGGAGUUAGUAGUGUUCUGUUUAGAAUUAGGAAUGAGUUUUGUGAUAUAAAAGAAUGUGAAGAUAUUGUGAAAAUUAAGCACAAGUUUGUGCUUGCAUUAGAAAAAAUGUCCAAGCCACUGUUUUCCAAACUGAAGUUUGUUGUUUUUAAUCUCAACAGUUACCUUUCCUAAUAUUAUUGAAUUUCCUUUUAAAGUUCGUAAGGAAAAGAAAAUUCAUCACAUGUGGAGGUUAUCAACUAUCUUUACGCAAUCGAAAGGAAAGAUUAGAAAAGCUAGAAGGGAUUUGUCAUUACUUGCUUUAGUAAAUUUUCUUUGCCUUUAUUAAUUUAACACAAAAAAGCAUGUCCUUUUGCUGUUUAUAUUCCUUCUUGUGUAUCCUGAAGAUAAGAUUGAUUAAUUUCAGUACUGUUUAGGGAUACCAAAUAGGAAUAGUGAGGCGUGGAAGCAAAAAUAUUGCUCUAGCAAUGUCAAUUUUGUAUGUGAAGAUUAAAGGAAAACGCUGCUUCAGUAAGAUCAAAUUAAUACCAUAUUGCUAUAAGUUAUUGAAAUAAAGACUGUUAUUUGCCACUCACCCCCCAAAGAAAAAGAAAAAAUGAAGACCUAAAUAUGAGGCAAUUCUUUACUUAAUGAUAGGAAGAAUUGGAAAAUUGAGACUGAUGGAUUUUAUGAUUUACUGUGCAAAGUUCACUUUGAAGAGUUGCAGUUAUUUGUCGUUCUUCCUUUCUGUCUUUCAUAGGGCAGGGAGCAGAUACUUGUUGAUCUUUGAUAGGAGUUAGUACAUUUGAGAAGGUUUUAGGAGUUAUUAAUUUCUUUGGUUGAUAACCGGGAGCUUUGGAUGCUUAAUUAAAAAUUAUCGAUGAUUAGCCAGUGUCUAGAACUUAAUCCUGUCAUUUUUGAUACUGGAAAGCAAGAAUUUUUUUCAACGUGAAAGAAGUGGUUUUAGAUUUAGCAUUUUGUUGAUAGAGGAAAAGGAGAGAGGUUGCUGAAAUUAGGCACUGCAAUCACUCCAAGACAUUUCACCAACAUACUCUAUGAAGAUACUGUCGUUUCUUCUGGCAUUAAUCUUUCCUUUACUUCUGUAUUAUCCUCCUCAAACCAUUGCUAACCUAUAUUCUGACAAACAAGCCCUUCUUAACUUUGUUGCUGCGGUUCCUCAUAGCCAGAAACUUAAUUGGAGUUCUACUACUUCAGUAUGCACUUCUUGGAUUGGUAUCACUUGCAAUGGCUCCCAUGUACUUGCUGUUCGCCUUCCGGGUGUUGGACUAUAUGGUCACAUUCCAGCCAAUACACUUGGGAAGUUGGAUGGCCUCAUGACCCUCAGUCUUCGCUCCAACCGCCUUAAUGGAGAUCUUCCAUCAGACAUGCUCUCUCUUCCUUCCCUUCAAUAUGUAUUCCUUCAACAUAAUAACUUUUCAGGAACUAUUCCUUCAUCACUUUCUCCUCAGCUCAACUCACUUGACCUCUCCUUCAACUUCUUUUCAGGCAAUAUUCCUGCCACAAUACAGAACUUGACAAAUCUUACUAGUUUGAACCUCCAAAACAACUUGCUCACUGGAUUCAUCCCUGAGUUCAAUUCCUCAGGGCUCCAGCAAUUAAAUUUGAGCUACAAUCACUUGAACGGUUCAAUUCCACCUGCCCUCCAAAAGUUCCCUACCUCUUCCUUUGAGGGCAACAGUAUGUUAUGUGGACCACCACUAAAUCAGUGUUCAAUAUUUACACCCACCCCUUCUCCAGCUCCUGCUUUCUUGCCACCCUCUUCACUCAACCCUCAAAAACCAAAACCAAAAGUUGGUUCCAAGAAGAAACUAGGAACGGGGUCUAUUGUUGCCAUUGCAAUUGGAGGCUCUGUGGUGCCAUUAGUUUUGCUUCUGAUGACAGUGAUAUGUUGUUUGAAGACAAAAGAUAAUCAUAAUGGUGCAGUGAAAGGAAAGGGUGGAAGGAAUGAGAAGCCUAAGGAAGACUUUGGGAGUGGAGUGCAAGACGCUGAGAAAAACAAGUUAGUGUUUUUUGAUGGUAGUUCUUACAGUUUUGAUCUCGAAGAUUUAUUGAGAGCUUCAGCUGAAGUUCUAGGGAAAGGAAGUUAUGGAACAACCUAUAAGGCAAUCUUGGAGGAGGGAACAAUAGUAGUUGUCAAGAGAUUAAAAGAUGUGGUGGCAGGGAAAAAAGAGUUUGAGCAGCAAAUGGAGGCUGUGGGAAGAGUUGCCCAGCACCCAAAUGUCGUUCCUCUCCGUGCUUAUUACUACUCCAAGGAUGAGAAACUCCUGGUUUAUGACUAUGUAUCAGCUGGAAGCUUUUUCACAUUAUUGCAUGGAAGUGGUGCUUUUGGCCAAAAUCCCUUAGACUGGGAAUCAAGAGUAAAGAUUUGCCUUGAAACAGCAAGAGGGAUUGCCCAUAUUCAUUCUGCUGCUGGAGGGAGAUUCAUUCAUGCGAAUAUUAAGUCCUCCAAUGUACUCAUCACUCAAGACCUCUGUGGCAGUGUUUCAGAUUUUGGUUUAACUCCUAUAAUGAGUUACCCAGCAGUGCCAUCUAGAACUGCAGGCUACCGAGCUCCUGAGGUGAUCGAAACUCGAAAACCUACUCAAAAAUCUGAUGUCUACAGUUUUGGGGUUCUCCUCCUUGAGAUGCUGACAGGAAAAGCACCAGUACAAUCUACGGGGCAAGAUGAUGUGGUUGAUCUUCCAAGGUGGGUACAGUCUGUUGUUCGAGAGGAAUGGACUGCUGAGGUGUUUGAUCUAGAGCUAUUGAAAUACCAGAAUAUUGAAGAAGAGAUGGUGCAGAUGCUACAAAUAGCAAUGGCCUGUGUGGCAAGGGUGCCUGAUAUGAGACCUACUAUGGAUGAAGUGGUUAGGAUGAUUGAAGAAAUACGAGUGCCUGAUUCCUUGAACCACCCAUCAUCAGAAGAGUACAAAGGAUCAAAUACUCAAACCCCAUAAUCAAUUUGUUUGUGAAGAGUACAGAAUCUUCUACUUAGAGUUCUGUUUGAUGCCAGUUGACGAACAAAGACUUAUCAUCUAGACCACUCCUGGUUAGGCUGCUAGCAGGCGUCCACAGCAAUUUCCACAUGUAACUACUUCACAGUGGCGAACAAGUUCAUCAGAAAGAUGCAGUCAGUUUGGCAUUUUCGCUUUUUAAUUUCGCUUUUUAAUUCUGACUACCACUUCUUCCUUCGUAGCAAAUACUGUAACAAAAUUCUGCAAAAUAUUAUCGUUUGCUGAUUGCACCUUUAGUAUUUUAUGAAUCUCCAGCAAAUGCAACAGUGCUCUCAUCUCACAUGAUGUUCGUA